GGAGAUUCUGAACACGGCCAUUCUCACUGGAAAGGCUGUUUCGGUUCCUGUCAAGGUCGUGGGUGUCCAGGAGGAUGGUUCUGUGGUGGACGUGUCGGAGUCGGUGGAGUGCAGGUCUGCGGAUGAGGACGUCAUUAAGGUGUCCAACCACUGUGACUCUGUGUUUGUGAAUGGGAAGGAGAUGAAGAGCAAAGUGGACACGGUCGUGAACUUCACCCACCAGCACUUCACCACCCAGUUGGCGGUCACCGUCUGGGCGCCCAGACUCCCCCUGCAGAUCGAGAUCUCAGACACCGAGCUGAGCCAGAUCAAAGGAUGGAGGGUCCCCGUGGCCCCCAACAGGAGGCCCACCCGAGAGAGCGACGACGAGGAGGACGAGGACAGGAAGGGGCGGGGCUGCUCCCUGCAGUACCAGCACGCCACGGUGCGCGUCCUGGCGCAGUUCGUGGCCGAGGCGCCCGACGCGGGGCAGCUGAGCUACAUGCUGGGCCCCGACUGGCAGUUUGACAUCACCGACCUGGUGACGGACUUCAUGAAGGUGGAGGAGCCGAAAAUCGCCCAGUUACAGGACGGCAGGACCCUGGUGGGGCGGGAGCCCGGAAUCACCACCGUGCAGGUCCUCUCGCCUCUCUCCGACUCCAUCCUGGCUGAGAAGACGGUGAUUGUCCUGGAUGACCGCGUCACCAUCGCAGACCUGGGCGUGCAGCUGGUGGCGGGCUUGUCCCUUUCCUUGCAGCCUCACAGGGCGGACAGAAGAGCCAUCGUCUCGACAGCGGCGGCCCAGGACGUCCUUCAAGCCCCACGGCAGGAGGCAAUAGUCAGUUCUUGGAUUUUGUUCAGUGAUGGUUCGGUGACACCCUUAGACAUUUAUGAUCCAAAGGAUUUUUCUGUUUCUGUCUCAUCAUUGGACGAAAUGGUGGUGUCUGUCCAGGCAAACCUUCAGCCCAAAUGGCCGGUUGUCGUUGCAGAGGGCGAGGGGCAAGGGCCCUUGAUUAAGUUAGAAAUGAUGAUUAGUGAGCCUUGUCAGAAGACCAAGAGGAAGAGUGUCCUUGCCGUGGGCAAAGGCAACGUCAAGGUCAAAUUUGAACCAAACACCGAUGAGCACCAAGGAGGUACCAAUGAUAUCGAGGGCAUAAGCCGGGAAUACAAAGACCACCUCGGGAGUUCCAUACAGCGUGAAGGAAACCAGGAGAGAGCGGUUCAGGGGUGGUUCCAACAUGGCGCCUCCGUUGGCCAAGUGGAAAGUUCCAACAAAAGCACAACCCCUCAGUCUCCCAUGGGGAGAAAAGAGAAGAAGUUAAUCAAGGGCGGUGGCCCAGACUCCUUCACAAGCUUCCCCGCUCAAGGGAAGUUGCCAGAACCCAAUAAUCCCAGUGACCUAACGGUGACCUCUAGGGGGCUAACGGACUUGGAGAUCGGCAUGUACGCUCUGCUCUGCGUCUUCUGCCUGGCCAUCCUGGUCUUCCUAAUCAACUGUGUGGCGUUCGCUUGGAAAUACAGACACAAAAGAUUUGCUGUGAGCGAGCAAGGCAACAUCCCCCAUUCCCAUGACUGGGUCUGGCUCGGGAAUGACGUGGAGCUUCUGGAGAACCCCGUGGACAUCACGCUCCCGUCGGAGGAGUGCACCACCAUGAUAGACAGGGGGCUGCAAUUCGAGGAGAGGAACUUCCUUCUGAAUGGCAGUUCCCAAAAGGCUUUCCAUCACAGCCAGCUGCUCAGACCUUCUGACUAUGUCUAUGAGAAAGAGAUGAAAAAUGAGCCUAUAACUCCAUCGGGCCCCAAGCGGAAGAGGGUCAAGUUCACGUCCUACACCACCAUCCUCCCUGAGGACGGGGGCCCGUACACCAACUCCAUCCUGUUUGACAGCGAUGACAACAUUAAGUGGGUCUGCCAAGAUAUGGGGCUGGGGGAUUCCCAGGACUUUAGAGACUAUAUGGAAAGACUGCAAGACCAGAUGUAAACUCCUUUCUUAUGUUUGUAUUCACCUUUAUGCCUUCUGUUUUUGCAAUGGUGGAGCAGUGAGUUUGAUCAGCAAUAGGGGAUGACAUAACAAAGCCUGAUUUGGGGAGGUCUGGUGGGAUCCCUUUCUCAGCAGGUGUCAGAGGUCUGGAGAGCUAGAGCAGCUGGGCUGGAAUCUGGGAAAGGUCCCUAACACAGCCACAUGUAGGGCCUGGAGAAAUUCUAAGACAACAGUUUUACCUGCUGCCUGGUACUAGCUCAGCUCAGAUAUAAUAAACCUGACCCCACAGACAUUGUUAGUCAUCUUGUGACCAACGGCCGUGUGGCAUUAGGAAAGACUCCAUGCUGAUUUUUCUAUUUCUAGACCUUUUAAAGCACACUGGACAUUCCUCGCCCUUGGCCUGAGGUUGGACCUCCGCGAAAGAUGCUGAAUGUAGCACCCUUCUCUGUGAUGCGUGAUGCUCAUUAAUUUUAUAUGCGUUUGCUCCUGCACCUGGUUCCUCUGACCUCUGGAGGUUCUUCCAGAAACACGAAGAAAAGAAAUGUCAUUCUUUUCUCUGAAAUCUGUUUGAGUCACGCCAUGGUACUUCCUGUUUGAGUGACAUGACGUGUCCCGGUUCUUGUUAUUCUGGGGUGUCUGUGCUGGUCAGGCUUUCCCACGCUUCGUUAUUUAGGGGCGACAUCUAAGAAGCUUACCCUCACGUGUCCUUCCUCCUUUCUGUCGUCGACCUUUCUUGUAUCAGAUGGGGACCUGGGAUUUUACUGAAAAUAUUAUAUACUGUGAGGGAGGGCCAUCUCUGUACAGUUUUCUACAUAAGCUUAAAAAACUUUGGAGAAAAGUUGUGACCCACAAACAAUUUAUUUUAUCUUCUCUGUGUUGGAGGUUCUUGGGGAACCCUUGGAGUGCAUUUCUGGGGCAACAGACCUUGAAAUAGCUGUAUUUCUACGAGUGCUCUGUGGUCAACACAAUUUAUUAUCCAAAUGGAAAUCUAAAUGUAAAACUGAUACGCACAGAAAGGAAAUUGCACAGGAAAUUCCUUCAGCAUAAAUGUGCCAAUUUACCAGAACAAAACAUUUUUUAAAAGUAGAAUGACAUUUCAAUUUAGCAAUAUGUAGAAACCCAUCCAUCCCUAAAAUGAUUCCUACCCCCCAUCCCCACCCCCAGAUACCCCCAGUCAGGACUCUGGCAGAGAGAAAACCCACACAGGGUGUGUGCACUGAUGGAGGAAAACAAUUGGGUUCCCCCCUAAAUUCAUAAAAUUCAAUGACUGUUUCAGAGCUCAAGAAGUAGUUAUGAUGAAAAAACAUAGCUAUUGGAAAC